AUGGCUCAAGAAAGCGAUGCAAAAUUGUGUUUAGCUCCACAUGAUCCAUGGGUCCUUAAGAAAAAGUUAACCGACUAUAUCUUUGCUAUCCUGAUGGACAAUAUUAUGGUCCAGAAUUUGGAAUCAUCAAACGGUAUAGAAGUGAAGCUUCAUAUUGUGGAGAAAGGUCAUGAAGCUGAUGAUUACACAUUAACAUUCACGAAGAAACCCAAAUAUUUUCUUAAGGCAGGAUGA